AAAGAGAUGGGGGUUGAAUGAAUUCUCACUCUCCGGUUCGGCCUAUAAAAAACGCAUAGUGGGUUCUGGUCCGGUUAACGGCUUCAUCCAGACGGUCCGGAUUUGGCAAUAGCAUAUCCAGGUGAUACUUCCCAGCCUUAUCCGUCACAGUGUCACCGGUCGUCAGGCCACUCAGUCCGCUAAAAUGGCGACUACAACGGGCACGGCGACUGUCACGGUGUCCUUGUUUUUGUCGAUUCUGAUACUCUCCUUCUCCCCAUCAUCGCCAUUGUUGAUCGAGCCGAAAGCCCCAGAGCUUCGCUCUUCCAGAGCUACUUCUCGUUUCCUCGGAAAAUUUGCAGAGCUCAACAAAUCCAAAGCGCUUCCGAAAUCAUAUCAAUAUGAGACGCGAUACUUCACACAACGUCUUGAUCAUUUCGGCUUCUCAAAUCUCCCAACAUUCCAGCAGCGAUACCUCAUCAACACCGAUCACUGGCUCGGUGCAGAGCGGAUGGGCCCUAUCUUUCUCUACUGCGGUAACGAAGGAGACAUCGAGUGGUUCGCUGCUAACACUGGCUUCGUUUGGGAGAUCGCUCCCAGCUUUGGCGCCAUGGUUAUCUUCCCUGAACAUCGUUACUAUGGGGAGUCAAUGCCCUACGGAAGUAGAGAUCUCGCCUAUAAGAACGCUGAUUCUUUGGCGCACCUUACGGCUGGACAAGCACUUGCUGACUUCGCUGUUUUGAUUACUGACCUGAAACGGAAUUUAUCUGCGGAGGCUUGUCCGGUUGUGUUAUUUGGGGGAUCUUAUGGUGGAAUGUUGGCUGCAUGGAUGAGACUUAAGUACCCACACAUCGCUAUUGGUGCACUUUCUGCGUCAGCACCGAUUCUGCAAUUUGAAGAUAUUGUGCCGCCUGAAACGUUUUAUGACAUUGUCUCCAAUGACUUCAAGCGUGAAAGUAUGAGCUGCUUCAACACUAUAAAAGAGUCAUGGGAUGCAAUAGAAGCAACGGGCAAGACUGCUGAAGGCCUGUUGCAACUAACCCAUACUUUUCGUAUCUGCGGGAAUCUGAGCAGCAGUCAAGAUCUUUCAGACUGGUUGGACUCUGCUUAUAGCUAUUUGGCCAUGGUGGAUUACCCCUAUCCCUCUGAUUUUUUGAUGCCUUUGCCUGGAAAUCCAAUAAAAGAGGUAUGCAGAAAGAUUGACAGUUUUCCUGAUGGGACUAGUGUUUUAGAGCGUAUAUUUGCAGGCGUGAGCAUUUAUUACAAUUAUACAGGAGCAGCAGUUGACUGCUUUGACCUGACAGACGAUCCUCAUGGAAUGAGUGGAUGGGAUUGGCAGGCAUGCACUGAGAUGGUUAUGCCAACGUCCAGCAGCAAGAGCAAAAGCAUGUUUCCAGCAUCUGAUUUUGAUUACUCUUCUUAUCAAGAAGGGUGCUCCAAGGAUUUUGGUGUCAACCCAAGGCCUCGAUGGAUAACGACAGAAUUUGGUGGGCAUGACUUGAGGACCGUAUUAAAGGCGUUUGGAAGUAACAUAAUAUUCUCAAAUGGACUGUUGGAUCCUUGGAGUGGUGGCGGCGUUCUGCAAAAUGUUUCUGAAUCCAUUGUCGCACUUGUUACAAAUGAAGGAGGCCAUCACUUAGAUUUGCGUUCUUCAACCACUGAGGAUCCUGAUUGGUUGGUUGAGCAGAGGGAAUCAGAAAUCCAGCUGAUUGCAGGCUGGAUAAAGAGCUAUAAUGAGGAGAAGAUGAGGUUAUCCAGCAUGUAGAGGUGUAGAUCCUCAGCAAUUGUUAGGCAUGUAGAUGCAUGGGCACUUUCCACUUCCCCAACCAAGAAAAUAAGCACCCUUUCAAGCUGAAUUGUCUUCUGGUCCACUCAUUGACUCUCCAGAUAAACUUCGAUUGCUAAAGGACAAUGAGACAUUACAGAAACCAACCAGCCAUUUUCCACAGCCAGAUUGUUGAUGGUAGUGAGUUUCUCAGUGUUUUUCAACCUGUGUUACAAAAGUGUUAAUCCGGAAACGAGUGAUCCACUUGAAGCAGGGAACUUCUGGCUUAAGCGUGGUUAUUUAUUUCUUUUGUAUGAGCUAAGACUGCCAGAACAUGAAGCAUCAAGUUCCAAACCUGAUACAUGAAACCAGAUGUUGUGUCAUUCAUGGGAGUUGCAGGAAGGGAACUCAGAGCUGGAAAGAAAAUUAAUCCAACUGCCAAAAGGAUUUAAUAAAUUGCUAUUGUGAGACCUAAUCACAAUUGCACACGUGUCUCAUGUAUGUGACAACUUGAAAGACAACACAGUAACUAGCUUGUGGUUUUGAGUUCGACACCUUAUCUUCUUAGGGUCACUCACAUGCGAUGUUUAGUGUUCUUUACUGUUUUUGGUGAAAAUAAUAGUUCUCAUUUAACUUCGGUA